UUUUUUUUGUAUAUUCGUUUAUACGACAUGGUUAAGAACGAUGAAUACUCAGAAAAAGAACAAUAUAACGAAGAAACGAUAUAUAAAGUAUAUCCUAUAAGGUUUUACGGUCUAACUCUUAUAUGUCUUUUGAAUAUUGUCUCCUCUAUUAAUUGGCUUUGUGUAGCUCCUGUUCCCGAUUACGCGAAUACCUUUUUUUCCAACAUUGGUCUCACUACCAUUAACUGGUUUUCCAACUGUUUCCUUUUAAUCUAUAUUGUGGCUGGUCCUAUAUCAAGUUAUGUAUACUAUCGGCAUAGUAUCAAAACUGGGUUACUAGUUGGAUGUAUUCUUCAAAUUAUUGGUGCUUGGCUUCGAUAUUUUUCUACCUUUAUAAAUACUACUGGUGGACGUAUUGGUUUGGCAAUGUUAGGACAGAUAUUUUGUGGAUUUGGUCAACCAUUUAUUCUCAACGCUUCAACUCCAUAUGCAAGUCUUUGGUUUAGCUCAAAAGAACGAAGCACAGCUAGUAUGGCUGGUGGAUUAGCCAAUACCGUGGGUAUGGCCAUUGCUGAUUUAAUUGUCCCUUCCAUCGUGCCUGAUGCAUCCAGUAUUCAACUCAAUUUUCUCAUUAUAGCCUGUAUUACUACCGGAUUUGGAAUCCCUACUGUUUUCAUCCCACAUCAACCAAAAACCCCACCUUCUUUCAGUGCAUCUACACAUCACGAACGACGACAAGGUUUAUUCAAGACCUUAUGGGCUCUGGCAACGAAUUAUAACUUUUUAAUCAUUUUCUUUGUGUUUGGUGUUCUUUGUGGUUUGGCUUCUACUGUGACUUCCAUGCUACCUCAAAUUGUUGAACCUUAUGGUGUAUCUUAUGAUAAUGCUGGUUAUCUUGGUGUGGCUUUUAUUGUCGCUGGUAUUAUAGGUGCUAUAGGCACUGGUCUCUUUAUUGAUCGAACAAAAUUACAUAAAUGGGUACUUCGUCUCUAUGUACCAAUUGUUGGUUUUUUAUAUUUGGCUCUGUUAAUGGUUGUGAAAAAAGAUAAUUACAAUGUGAUUAUUGCUAUUUGUGCUAUCCUUGGUUUCUUUAUGUUUUCACUUCUUCCUGUGGCUUUAGAACUUAGUGUUGAAUCCUCCUAUCCUAUCUCAGAAACCAUUUCAAGUUCUUCUUUAUGGAUGUGUUCCCAAAUACUUGGAUUGAUCUUUUUGAUAGCAUUCAAUGAUUUACGUGACGAUAAUGCGGAUCCUCCUGGUAAUCUCCGUCGUGGAUUGAUCCUUGCGACAUGUGUGGCCAUGCCUAUGAUGAUAUUCACCUCCCUUUACAAUAGUCCUAACAAACGAAUGGAUAUAGAAAAGGAACAAGAAAUCAUUGAAGGAUAGAUUAUUUGAUUAUUUAUUCCCUCCUUAUUAUCUCUAUUUAUUUGAAUUAGUCUUCCUCUCUAUUUUAUUACUCUAACUAAUAAAUAAUUGUAUUUUUAUGAAUGAUGAUGAUUCC